AUGCAAUGGGUGUUAGCAUACUGCCUGUGGUUCGCUGACAAGGCUCGACAACGCACGGUUGUGAGUGGACCAAUCACUUGGCAAGAGUACGAGAGAGUAUUGAUGAAGGUAACAAUGUAUACACAAAGGUUAUAUUAUUCAGAUUUGUACCACCAACUAGUAACGUCAAAUUCUAUCGUCACCCAGAGUUCCAUCGCUCAGCUUGCACCCUUCGUCGACGCUCAUGGUAUCAUUAGAGUAGGCGGUCGUUUGCAGCAUUCUGACUUGAGCACCGACGCCAAACACCCUAUUUUGUUGUCGAAAUCGUCUCACCUUGCUCAGCUUAUUGUCCAUCAUUACCAUCAUAAUACUUUACAUGGUGGAACGCGCUUAAUAGCUUCGUUAAUUCAACGCCGUUUCUGGAUCGUCUCGAUUCGCGCUGCCAUUCGUCAAAUAAUAUUCAAGUGUACAGUGUGUAUUAGAUACAAGGCCGCAGCACCCCAACUAUUUAUCGUGGAUUUACCAUCAACAAGGGUCCAACAAUGCCGACCAUUUGCCAACGUGGGAAUGGAUUACGGAGGUACGUUCACCAUUAAGGAGAGUCAACGCCGUAACUCAAAGACGCACAAGGCAUAUCUUGGGUUAUUCGUAUGCCUAUCUACCAAGGCUGUGCACCUGAAGGUUGUCACAGAUUUGACGACAGAGGCAUUCCUAGCGUCUUUCGAUCGAUUUGUAGCUCGACGAGGGAUUCCGGUGCAGAUUUAUUCCGACUGUGGAACUAAUUACGUUGGCGCAGCGAAACAACUCAAGACAUUAUUCCACGAUGCAGCAACGAAGGAAGCACUUCAUGCCUGA